AUGUCCAGCCCUCCACCGAGUUCCUCCCACUUGCCGCCGCCGCACUCCGAUGUCCCCACCGUUCUCUCCCUGACGGAGAUCACCACAGCCCUCCGCGAUCUCACCACUGCUGUCCAGGAGAUCCACCUCUUCCUGGCCGAUCCCUACGGGCCGCCGCAGCCGGCAGCUGUGCUGCCGUGGCAGCCGACGUUGCUGCUGUCGUCGCUGCCACCCGACGUCGGGUUGCUGCAGUCCCCGCUGCCGCUGUCCAUCAUUUUCGGGCCGGGCCAUACCUCGGCGCCGGGGGACGCCGUCGCCCCGGCUCGUCGGACGCCGCCUCACCCGACCUCCUCCUCCAGCUGCUGGCCCGCCCUCGUCGCCGGUCGCCUCCGCAGCUGCCGCACCUUCCUAGGGGCCCACGCCGUGCUUCACCUGCCCUGCGUGUGGCCGCCGCCUCCCCCGACCUCCUCCUGCUGCAGCUGCCGCGCCGCGUCCUCGUCGGCGCCCAAGACGAGCCUCCCCUACGCGCGGUCACCGGUUCCCCUGAACCCCUGCAUGUGCAACCCUCCAAGGUCGACGCCGCCCAAGGUCAUCUCGUCGACCAGUGGUGGUGCUGGUGCGGACAUAGCUGCUGCCACAAGGGUCGACCGUGGCUUGCUACAAGGGGGGGGCGAGGUUUGCUACAAGAGCGGCCGUGCUUUGCUACUACAGGAGGCCGGCCUUGCUACCGGCGGUGGCGGCGCUGCUGCGAGCGGUGGGAGGCGUUGCUACAAGGGGAGGGAGGUCUUGCUACAUUGGGCGCCGGAGCUUGCUACCGUGGGUGCCAGGUUUUGCUAA